CCCCCCCUCCUCCUCCUCCUCCUCUCGACAUGGCUACAUAAAGCCCGCCCUCCUCCCCCGCCUCAGGUUCUUGUUUCCCAGUCCAGCAUCAAAUCGGCCUCUCAAGCUCAAUACCAACUCGCAAACAUCCACUCACACACACUCGUGCUUUCCGCCUUCGAUUGUUGCUCGUGUCAGUCCAUAACAGCAAGCAACCAAUCAACCACCGCCUCAAUCCCCAUCGCAACAUCUCCAUCGCCUUCCUCUCAGCAUCAUCCGCAAAAAACCUCCAAGUCCCUACUUCGGAGUCCCAUCUGAGCAGCUUCCAUCUAGCAAAAUGGCCUUUACUCUAGCUUCCGAGGCCUCGUCCGGCUACUUCAGGUAUCGCUGCAAGAAUUUCUAUACGCACAAUUGUGACAACUGGGUCUGGGUGAACAAUACCGCCUGCGCCGAGUGUGUGGCUGCGGGCAGAGAUGAAGAACAACUUGAAUUUGAACUUGAACAUGAGAGCACGGGUGACUACUGCUACGGCGGCGGUGGCAGCGGUGCCGUAAGCUUGGCCUCGGUGUUGCCGCCUGAUGGGGCGGACGUUGGCCGACAAUGUCCGAUGACGGCCCGACUCCGGGUGCCGUCGGAACUUUCAAUGCUCCGCGCAUAUAACCAUGGCCACGAUAACGAUUACGAGUACGAUGCCCUCAUCUUCUCCGCCACGAAUGCUGCUGCCGCCGACGACUGCGAGGCUUAGGCUCGUCGGAGGAGGAUGAGGAGGAUGGACGAAGCAAUUUGCGAGAAUCGACCAUCACUACAGCCCGGCCGCCUGCCUAGCAUGGGAAUCGUUUUCUCGCCGAUAUGCCGUUUCGUUUCUUAGCUUCCUCGAGCUCGCCCCGAUACCGGAGCCGCCGACAUUGCUGCCAGCUGUAUCCGUUCCAUCAUCCUCGUCCUCCUCGUCGUCCUCGUCGUCCUCACCGUCCUCGUCCUCGUUUUGCAUUUCCUUUUCAUUGGAGUUUCC